CUCUACCGCUCCCGCGACCACCGCAAAGGCCGCCACGCCCUCGGCAUCGCCGUGAAUCAUAACCACCAAGAAUCUACACAGAGAGCCUCCAAGAUCCUCCACAACCUCAAACGAAUGCUAACAACCUACCCCUACUGGGACCUCUCCUACCUCGUCGCCGUGGUGUUUACCCUGGGCUCAGCCAUCUGGAUCAUCAACGCGUUUUUCGUCUGGUUGCCGCUGCAGGAUCCCUCGACGAGCUUUUCGGGGGAGGAGGUCGUUGGGGGCGGGUGGACGGCUUGGGUGGGCGCGGCGGUCUUUGAGGCGGGAAGUGUGGGGUUGAUUCUUGAGGCUUUGGGUGCGGUUGCGGGGUCUGCGUCGGGGGGAAGUGCAGAAACCCCCGAGAAAGAGUCCCAGGGACGUACCGGGGAGGCAACUCUCAUCCUCCGACCCAGCCCCCAAAGCUGCACAUGCCACCACUCGAACCGCAAGAGUAUCUUGCCAUCAUCCCUCAUCCGGAUCCCCACCCAUCCGGAUCAGAAUCAGAAUCAGAAUAGGAUCAAGUUCCUGGUAGUAGACGACUACAUCCACGACUUGGGCUUCCUCGCCUCCCUCACGCAGCUCGUCGGCGCCACCAUCUUCUGGAUCGCGGGCUUCACCGGCCUCCCCGGCAUUAUCAACCACAUGAGCACCGGGUUAACGAACGGGGUGUACUGGGUGCCGCAGGUGGUGGGUGGGGUGUGUUUCGUGGUCAGCGGGGGAUUGUUCACGCUGGAGACGCAGGAGCGGUGGUUCCGGCCGGCGUGGGGGACGCUGGGGUGGCAUGUCGGGGUGUGGAAUUUGGUGGGCGGGGUGGGGUUCACGCUGUGCGGGGUGUUUGGGCUGGCGGGGAUGCAGUAUCAGGCGUGUUUGGCAACCUUCUGGGGGUCGUGGGCGUUUCUGUGGGCCUCGGGGUUGCAGUGGUAUGAGAGUUUGGAGAAGUGGCCGGUGGAG